AUGCCGAAUGGUGCUAAACUGUCACAGCAACCAUUAGGUGGAAUUCUACCUCUAGAUUUAGUUUUAUUUGAGAACCAACUACCAUUCUGUGUUUUGGAAGAGCUAUUCAAUAUAGUGUUUCCCCCUAACCGUCGUGAUGAUGGAAUCAAUUUUCCUAAGCUUGCUUCUUGGUUCUUUAGUAUCACAUUUGACCUUGAGAGGCCAAAGCAUGAUCUUGAUAAUGUGAGCGUAAAGCAUUUCACAGAUUUGCUUAGGUUUUUAUUGUUACAAGGAGCACCUCCAGAAGAAAUGGAACUAGUAUUUUACGCUACUGAUGUUCUUUCAUACAGUGCAAAGGAGUUGCAAGAAUUUGGAGUGAAGUUGAAGGCUAGCAAAAGCAAGAGCCCAUUAGACAUCAAGUUUUCAGGCCUUGUUCUGGAGCUUCCCAAGAUUUUGGUGACGGAUCUCGUGACUGAAGCUUUUUUCUUUUAUAUGAUUGCUUUUGAACAGAUCCAUUGUCGUCAAACCUCUUACAUUUCUAGCUAUGCUCUUGUCUUGAGUCGCCUAAUCAACACAAAGGAAGAUGUGGAUGUCCUGGUUGAUAAUAAAAUAGUCCACAGCUUCAUUACUAAUACUGAGGUUGCUCCGUCAUUUAGAAUCAUGGUAAAGAAUGUCGGUCUAGCAGUGCUGCUUCCUGAACAUGUUGAUAUCUUCAAAAGUUUGAAUAAGUUCUGUGAAAAUGAGACGUGA